GGCAAGGGGAUCGACGACGAAGAUGGCGAUUCUGUACGCACUCGUGGCUCGUGGCACGGUGGUUCUUUCUGAGUUCACCGCCACGUCUACGAAUGCUAGCACCAUCGCCAAACAGAUCCUCGAGAAGGUUCCUGGAAACAACGACAGCAACGUUUCCUACUCUCAGGAUCGUUACGUCUUCCACGUUAAACGCACCGAUGGUCUCACCGUUCUCUGUAUGGCCGAAGAAACCGCCGGAAGGAGAAUUCCUUUUGCCUUUCUGGAGGAUAUUCACCAGAGAUUCGUACGGACUUAUGGCAGGGCUGUUCAUACAGCACAAGCUUAUGCUAUGAAUGAGGAAUUCUCUAGAGUUCUCAGUCAGCAGAUUGAGUAUUACUCUAAUGAUCCUAAUGCCGAUAGGAUUAAUCGUAUUAAGGGUGAAAUGAAUCAGGUGCGGGGCGUCAUGAUUGAGAACAUUGACAAAGUUUUAGAUAGAGGUGAACGUUUGGAGCUUCUUGUCGAUAAAACCGCCAAUAUGCAGGGGAAUACAUUCCGCUUCAGAAAGCAAGCUCGUCGUUUUAGAAGCAACGUCUGGUGGAGAAAUUGCAAGCUCACGGUCCUCUUAAUACUACUACUACUGGUGAUCAUAUACAUCGCAGUGGCCUUUCUCUGCCACGGACCUACUCUACCAUCUUGCAUUUAAGUGCAUCUGUCCCUCAAGGAAUCCAUCCCGAUUCUGCGUGUUGCCACAACUUUUUUUCUCCUCAUCUGAUUGUAAACAUUCUGUUUCCUCGAGCUUUUUAAAAAAGCUUAUGUUUUCAACUCACGUAUAUGAAGAAGUAUACUUAUUUAUAGAGCAAUGUAAAAGCUCAUUGCUUUGCAAAGUGUGUGAAUCUUUGUUGUCAUCAUGUUCUAUAAAUUACAUACAUAGUG